AUGUAUACGCAAAAAGUGAAUUCCGAUGCGGGGAAUCGAACCCCGAGCUGCUGUCCAGGGAUUGUGAAGCAGCUCAUGAAGGAGGAUGCCGUUGCUGCCCCAAUUGGUUGCCAUUCCCCUGGUUCUGAGCCACAUGGAACCUAUGGUGUAAGUACCUAG